GGAGUGAAGGUGUAAAUCAUUGUCGUUAUUUUUCCUCGUAUUGGGGCUGGUUGUUAUUUAAAAGGUUUAAUAUUUGAUUACAUCAAGAACAUGUCCAGAAAAAGAGCCACGGCAACCUCCAAUGCCGUCAAAGAGCGCCAUUUCUCAACGACAGAACGCCGUCGGCUGCUUCUGCCUCAUAAUAAUAAACCUUGGUUGGUAAAGAAUUUAUUCUACCUCUUCCUUCUGAGUUUGUUAACAACGGUGGCAGUUGUGAAAUUCUUCACCUUCGUUCAACAACCAUCGUACAACACCAAAGCCAUGUCGUCAAGCGGAUCCAAAAUUUUGGUUUACGGAGGUCGAGGCGCCCUCGGAAGUGCCAUUAUUAAACAUUUUAAAGCAAAGAAUUAUUGGGUUGGAAGUAUUGAUCUGGCAAAUAAUGAAGAAGCAGAUGCCAAUAUUCUUGUGGCUCCUGAAUCCACUUGGGUGGAACAGGAAAAGGCUGUACUCGAGGAUGUUGCCAAAGUGCUUGACGGGCAGCCUCUUGAUGCUGUUGUGUGUGUGGCCGGUGGUUGGGCUGGAGGAAAUGCUGCUCAUGCAGAUUUUGUCAAGAAUUCUGAGCUUAUGUGGAAGCAGAGUGUGUGGUCCUCUGUCCUUGCCUCAGCUAUUGCUGCAAAGCACUUGAAGGAAGGUGGUUUGCUUACACUAACUGGAGCCAAGCCAGCUUUGGAAGGCACACCGGGAAUGAUUGGGUAUGGAAUGGCCAAAGCAGCUGUGCAUCAACUAUGCAAAUCAUUGGCUUCAGAGGAUGGAGGACUUCCUAAAGAUUCCUCUGUAGUGACUAUUCUACCAGUUACCCUAGAUACUCCAAUGAACCGUAAAUGGAUGCCUAAAGCCGACCACUCCACUUGGACUCCUCUUGAAUACGUUUCUGAGUUAAUGGAGAAAUGGGCAAAUAAAGAAGAUCGGCCUGCUAGUGGCAGCCUAGUUCAACUCCUUACCGAGGCGGGCAUAACCAAAUUGGUUCUAGCUUAAUUCCGUUGGAACAAAUAAUUGUUGAAGGCAGCUAGCAUCAUAAUCAUUCUAAUAAUCUUGCCAAAAAGGUAUUACCCAGCAAAUGACCAUAUUGUGAUGCUUUGUGCGUAGUUUCGAUUUAUCUGGUGUUUCAUGGGGCUUUUUGAUAACUCUAUUCAAUGUUGAAAUAUCUAUACCUUUCCAUGUUUGCUAUGAAUUAAAAAUCACUUGAAUGGA